UCACCGUGUUCUUUUCAGUAAAAUUUAGGAAUUCUUGUUUUCGCAGGAAAGUGGUGAAUUUGUUGGGAGAUUCAACAAUCUCAGUGUAUUCUACGAUGGUAACAUAAGCAUAUCUGACCAUGAGAUAACUUAAUUUUGAUGACAAGGCUAGAAUGUAUUGGGAUAAAUUUUAACGUUGCAACAACAACAACGAGAACUUCACAACAGCGAAUGUGACGUACAUUACAUCAGCAUGGCAUCGGGCGAUGCGCCGAACCUACCUCGUGGGUUGAUUGGCAGGCGCGGCACUCCAACAGGAAAAAGCGCUAGAUUACCCUCGUUAAGAGGUCCCAGGGAUCUAACUCUUGGUGGUGUUCCAAAGAAAUCUUUCACUCCAAGCAUUCCUGUCCGAAAAGAUAGAAGCAAGGCUCAAACUGAAGAAGCGUCCUCAAGUGGCACACCAGGAAGCAGUAGUAGACGGGGUCGCAAUGGACGCCCAGAGAGGGGCAGAGGUGGGCGUGGUAGGGGAAGAGGACGGGGCAGAGAUGAGAACAUUCUACAAUCACAUUCCAUUUUUGAACAAGGGCCGACAGAGAGGCGUAUUCGUCACACUUCAUCAUUCUCGGAAGAUUAUGGAGAUCGAAGGUCACGAGGAGCAGGUACUUCUCGCAGCACCAUCAAGAAGGAGAAAUCUGAGGACACAAAGAGAGUUCUUGAUAACCUCCUCAGAGAUGAUUUUAUAGAUGAUUCUGUGGGUGGAGAAGAUUCUGGCUUAACUCCAAUAUACCUUCCACUGUCACAUGUCUCCAUUAAAGAGGAAAUUAGGAAAGAUAAACUGAAACCCAAACUUGAAAUAAAAGCUGGCCAAAGUGGAGUAGACCUCACAGUGGAGCCAGAUGUUGACAUGCCAGAUGCGACGGCUGAUCCAUCAAUCGGUCUCCCUUCUGCCUUGAUCCCUGGGGAGAAUAUGUCUGACUCUAUUGUGACAGUUGUAAAAAAGGAAAGGAAGCCUAACCUGACCUGUAAACAGAUAUUUACAGAGGUGGCAAAGUCAGAGAAAGGAGAGUUGCUGUUUUUUCAACUCCCUGAUGUACUUCCUGGUGAGCCACCAUCAAGCGUGGAUGAUACAAAAGCUCCCUCUGGUGGUAAAAAACAAGAGAGAUCAGGAGUAAGAACUGGUGCAGCCCAGAGCCAGUCUACAUCACAGAAGGAGGAAGAGAAGUCUGACAAAACUAAAAAUUCUUGUAAACUCAAGAACUUCUCGGAAGGGCAUAUAGGGAAAAUCCAGAUAAGGAAAUCUGGAAAAACCCAACUGAUUUUGGGAAACAUAGUUUUAGAUGUCUUACCUGGAACUACAUGCUCCUUUCUUCAGGAAGCCGUGUCUGUGAAACUAGGCCAAGAAGGUGGUGGUCACAUGACCGUUUUAGGCCAGGUAGACCACAAAGUGACCUGUGUACCAGACUUUGAGAAGCUGUUGAAAUCGUCUUGAUACAGAAUAAAGUGAUCAUACUUUA